UGGAGUGGCUGGGCAUCUUGGGCUUGCAGUGCCCCUCAUACCACAACCCGGCGUCUUUCAUCAUCGAGGUCUCCUGCGGGGAAUACGGGGACAACACCGGCAAGCUAGGGUUAUUUUGCAAUGUGCCCUCAUACCACAACCCGGCGUCCUUCAUCGAGGUCUCCUGCGGGGAAUACGGAGACAACACCGGCAAGCUAGUACGCGCCAUCGACAACGGGAAGAACGACAUAAGGGACGGCGUCCCAUUCCCCGACAGCAAAAUCCCGGAAUACAACAACAAGCGGGACAUGGAGGCUUCGCUCAACGCUGCCCGGGACAAGAACGACCUGUCCCAAUUGCAGGAGAAGUUCCGGGACGCCAACGGGAACGGGAACGGAAACUUGCAAAACGGAAUUCUGCAGUACGCGGUUGGAGAGGUCGCUAAGGGUAACG